GAGGUGGGGCGGGGCCUGGGGGGAUAGCAGAAGGCAGAUCCCAGAAAACAGGUCCCCGCUGGGCUUCCCUGGCACGGAGUUAAGGCUGCAGCCUGCUGCUUGGAGAGAAGGGCGGGUAGCGAGGCGACGCGCGCAGCGAGAGUACUGCUCUGACGCACCAGCACCCCCUCCCGCACCCACACGCUCCAGGGUCGCCCAGCUGCCCCCCGACUUGGGAGAUGCUCAGCUCUGGGCGACCAGACAGCUGUCUCUGCCGAGGUGAAAAGCCUGGGCAUGUGACAGCUUAGGAGGGCCCUGGCUGCGAGACGCAGCCCAGCACCCUCCUCUCUGCCACACCAUCUCCCACGUAUGCUCACUGGCAGGAGGUUGGGGCCAGUUUCAUAGACAAUCCCCAGAAACCCCGCCGCCAGCCAGAGGUUGCAAACAUCCAGAGUGGCUCUGCGCGCAGUGGCCACCGUCCAUCUUCCUGAACGCCCCUUCUGCACUCACUCUGGGCCGGUCUCCUGACCCAACGAUGGAUUCGUCUCUGAACCUAACCUACUUUUCCCUCUCCACCCCCGCCCCUUUGGAGACCAACCGCAGCAGCCUUGACGCCGACGACCCGCGCCCCAGCCCGCCCCUCCUCUCUGUCUUCGGUGUGCUUGUUCUGACCUUGCUGGGCUUUCUGGUGGCUGCGACGUUCUCCUGGAACCUCCUGGUGCUGGCGACCAUUCUCCGCGUGCGCACCUUCCACCGAGUUCCGCACAACUUAGUGGCGUCCAUGGCCAUCUCGGAUGUGCUCGUGGCCGCUCUGGUCAUGCCACUGAGCCUGGUUCAUGAGCUGUCCGGCCGCCGUUGGCAGCUGGGCCGACGGCUCUGCCAGCUGUGGAUCGCGUGCGACGUGCUCUGCUGCACAGCCAGCAUCUGGAAUGUGACGGCCAUCGCGCUGGACCGCUACUGGUCCAUCACCCGCCAUCUGGAAUACACGCUCCGCGCCCGCAAGCGCGUCUCCAAUGUUAUGAUAGUGCUCACCUGGGCGCUCUCCGCGGUGAUCUCCCUGGCACCGCUGCUCUUCGGCUGGGGGGAGACCUACUCUGAGGGCAGCGAGGAGUGCCAGGUGAGCCGCGAGCCCUCCUACACCGUGUUCUCCACAGUGGGCGCCUUCUACCUGCCGCUCUGCGUGGUGGUCUUCGUGUACUGGAAGAUCUACAAGGCCGCCAAGUUCCGGGUGGGCUCCAGGAAGACCAACAGCGUCUCACCCUCAUCGGAGGCCGUGGAGGCGAAGACCUCUGCUCAGCAGCCCCAGAUGGUGUUCACUGUCCGCCAGACUACCAUCACCUUCCAGACAGAAGGGGACACGUGGAGGGAACAGAAAGAGCAGAAAGCUGCCCUGAUGGUGGGCAUCCUCAUUGGGGUGUUUGCACUCUGCUGGAUCCCCUUCUUCACCACAGAGCUCAUCAGCCCCCUCUGCUCCUGCGACAUCCCCGCCAUCUGGAAGAGCAUCUUCCUUUGGCUGGGCUACUCCAACUCCUUCUUUAACCCCCUCAUCUACACAGCUUUCAACAAGAACUACAAUAGCGCCUUCAAGAAUUUCUUUUCUAGGCAACACUGAGCAUGAGGCCUGGGAAUAAGAAGGAGCUAUCCCCUAGCUCAGUGAAAUUUCCAACGCCAUCUACUUCCCCAUCCCUACCCAGCACCACAUUGAAGACACAAGCCCUCGAGGCUCUCCAGGGUUGUCUUCAGAACUAGCCCUCACUUCCGAACUCCUAGGGAGGAAUGUGGGUCUUCACAGGCAGUUUGGGUGACCUUCUUGAUCUAACUUACUUGUUAUUGCUCACUCUGCACCUAACAGCCACAGAGUUUGCCCACAAAGUGCCCUUCCCCCCCCAAAAUCCACUCCAGCGUGGUCAUCGUCCUUGCCCCAGAGAGGUCAAACAAGGCAGAUGAGAGGGAGGGAAUCAAGCAACAUGGACAGGUUGGGAAUGGAUAGAAAAUGAUGAAGAAGUCGGAAUGGGGACAUCCGAGGGGUAGGAAAUCAUAAUUCCCAGUUUUCUGGAAUAGUGCCUAGUUUGAAAUUCCAUUCUGUAGUCCUGGUAAGUAUACCCUAGUACUUGUUGUGUAUGUCCCAGUGUUUGGCUACAAAAUAUUGUCUCUAAACCUAUUAAAGUACAUAGCCACAGCUGCAAGACCAGUGAAUAUUGGCUUUAAGGCUUUGUUUGUGGCAACCACGCACGUGUGCUCUGAGCACGUGCAUGAGCACACACACACACACACAACUGUGGAGGAGGUGAAGGUUCCACUUGGCUAGUUUAUUCUAAAAUUCAACCCAUCAACUUGGAAAAGAACUAAAAAUCAAAUACCUCCAUCCAUUCUGAAGCAACUGUGCACAAAAAAAUGUUACAAUCCACUGGUUUUGUAGAAUCUCUCAAACUUGCUUAUUUUCUAUGGGUUUUAUUUGUAUGGAAUUUAUUCAGAUGUUGCAGGACUAAGACCUCUAACCUUGGAUCAUAGGAUUCAAGGAAAACAGUUGUCAUGAUGGGUGGCUUACCUCAGUAUAGUUUCACAACCAAGGACUGUGAAGGCGCACUCCCCAAACACGUACACUUUAAAGGGACCGUUGGUUAAUUUGCUGUCUUCUUAUUGGUGUGUGAAUCCCUGCUAGGAGGCCAACACUAGCAACUAGUGAGAAAGGCAGAAAUACGGUAAAAUGUGGCCUCAGUCCCUCACAAAGUGACAUCUUUAUAUAAAUGAGUCAAGGCAAUUAGGUGGUGGUACAGCAUUUAUAUGAUCAUAGAAAACCCAGGCCAUUAGACAAAACUUUAAAAAGGUCUCAGACAAUAAAACUGGCUGUGGUCCGCUACGUCCCUGAUUCUUUGAA